AUGAGGCACCCAGCCGAGGUUAGCAGCGGGGCUGGCGGUGCUAGCAGCUUCGGCGGUGCGAGCAGCUUCGGCGGUGCAAGCAGCUUCGGCGGUGUGAGCAGCGCGGCUGGCGGGUAUGCCUCUUCAUAUACAAGGCACCCAGCCGAGGUUAGCAGGCCUCCUAAGCCCAUGGCGGCUCAUCACCGCCGGAUCCGCUCCGAGGAUUUCUCUUUCGCUGCGUAUUCCGCUGCCGACGCGACCGACGGGUUCCAGGGCUUCCCUGGAACGAACGCUGCCGCGCCAGAGGAGAUUAAAGCCGGCAGCUUGGAAGGCUGGCAGUUCGCGCAAGCAGCGCAUUCCCCGCGUAAACCGGGGGGAGGGGGAGGCGGAGCGGGAGGGGGAGCGGAAGGCGGAGCGGGCCUUUGGGCUAGAGGGUUCAGGGAUAGGGGGCAGAUUGUACAGCAGCAGCAGUCGGAACAAUCACAGCAGUCGGAACAAUUGCAGCAGUUGCAACAGUCGCAACAGCAGCAGCAGCAGCAGCAGCAGCAGCAGCAGCAGCAGCAGCAGCAGCAGCAGCAGCAGCAGCAGCAGCAGGCGGUGCAGCCAUUACAGAUGCCGCUGGCACCCCUAGGGACACCCACCACUACCGGACAAAACUCUCGCUCUCAAGACGGCAGCCCUGUAGACCUGAGGCGCACCGUCCUGCCACCCCUGGGAAUACCCACACCCACUGCCGGGCAAAACUUUCGCACUCAAGACGGAGGGGCAAGUGGCGCAGGGGGAGUCAGGGCGGGAGGAGCGCCUGUCAAGAAAAAGAUGGGCCACAGGAGUGAGCAUGCCGGAGGCCCUUCAUCACCUCUUGCCACUCAUUCACACUCGUCCUCACUCGCCAGUCUCAUUCAUCUUGCCUCCCCCCUUCCGUUCCCCCAGUGUUGGGACGACGUGGAGGACGUGAGGAGGGAGGUGAGCGUGCUGGAGACGCUGAGAGGCAAUCCGUAUGUGGUGUCGAUAGUUGAGACGAUCGAAGAUGAGAAGGAUGUGUACAUAGUGAUGGAGCUGUGCAGCGGGGGUGAGCUCUUUAAUCGCAUUCUAGACCGCAAGUACUACGGGGAAAGGCAGGCAGCUCGGGUGAUUCGCUCCGUCGUGGAGGUUUUGGGUUUCUGCCACGCCCCGGGAAUCGUGCAUCGGGACUUAAAGCCCGAGAAUAUCUUGCUGGUGUCGAAACGGAGCGAUACAAGGGUCAAAGUGAUUGACUUCGGCAUGGCCUGCAUCUUGAAACCGGGCGAGCGCUGCAAGCUGAGAGCCGGAACACCCAACUACAUUGCCCCGGAGGUGAUAGCCAAGAACUACAGCGAGAGGUGCAAGCUGCGUGCCGGAACUCCGAAUUACAUUGCUCCAGAAGUUAUUGCAAAAAAUUACGGAGCUGAAGCGGACGUGUGGAGUGCGGGGGUGAUCCUGUACGUGCUGCUGUGCGGGCUGCCGCCCUUCUGGGGGGACACCACAGAUGACGUCUUCAAGAGGAUCCUGUGGCAGGAGCUCGACUUUGAGACACAGCCAUGGCCCGCCGUCAGCACCGCUGCCAAGGAUCUCGUUCGCCGCAUGCUGUGCCGCAAGUAUGAGCGGCGGAUUUCUGUCGCCGAGAUUCUGA